UCCCAGUUCCACAGAUUUGUUAGUUGGACCGUUUGUUUAACUGGGCCUAAUUGUUCCGCUCCUCUAGAUGUUUCCCGGCCGGAGCGGUUUGAAAGUGACAGCCGGCUGGGUGCUAAUGGAUGAGAAGGAGGGAGAGGUUUUCAAAUUGGAAAUGUGUCGCAAUUCUUAAAGAUUGGAAGAAUACUUGAGGCAGUACACGCUGGUAAAUGUGGUGUGCAGUAUCGGCAGAUUAACAGAGGUAAUUGUUAUUGUAUUAGGACAAGCGUGUUAGUGAGCAGGGAAGACUAAGGAAGACGAACAGCAAAGUUCAACUCAGGGCAGGCACCGCCAUGGCCACCUCGUCGGAGGAGGUCCUGCUCAUUGUGAAGCGGGUUCGACAGAAGAAGCAGGAUGGGGCUCUGUACCUCAUGGCGGAGAGGGUCGCCUGGGCGCCGGAGGGGAAGGACCGCUUCUCCGUCAGCCACCUGUAUGCGGACAUCCGCUGUCAGAAGAUCAGCCCUGAUGGGAAAUCCAAGAUCCAGCUGCAGCUGGUUCUGCACACGGGCGAGACGACCAACUUUCACUUCACCAACGAGAGCAGCGCCGUGAAGGACCGCGACGCAGCCAAGGACCUGCUGCAGCAGCUGCUGCCCAAGUUCAAGAGGAAAGCCAACAAGGAGCUAGAGGAGAAGAACAGAAUGCUCCAGGAGGACCCCUUGUUGUUCCAGCUCUAUAAGGACCUGGUGGUCAGUCAGGUGAUCAGCGCAGAGGAGUUCUGGACGAAUCGGGUCAGCAUGAACUCCGUCGACCACUCGCUGACCAACAGCAAGCAGGAAGUGGGCAUCUCCGCAGCCUUUCUGGCGGACGUUCGACCGCAGACUGAUGGCUGCAACGGUCUGAGAUACAACCUGACCUCUGAUAUCAUUGAAUCCAUAUUCAGGACCUAUCCUGCAGUCAAACAGAAGUACGGGGAGAACGUGCCCCACAAUCUGACGGAGAAGGAGUUCUGGACCCGGUUCUUUCAGUCCCACUAUUUCCACAGAGACCGGAUCAGCACCGGCUCGCAGGACCUCUUCGCAGAGUGUGGCAAGCUGGAUGAGCAAGGAUUGAAGUCCAUGGUUGGCCAAGGAGUGAGGAACCCAAUGGUUGAUCUGGUGUCAUUUGAAGACAAGUCACUGGAUGAGGGUUACGGUAUCUCCUCAGGGCCGUCCACCUCUGGUCACAACAAGACUUUGAAAGAGAACAGCAACGCGGCUAUCAUCAAACGCUUCAACCACCACAGUGCCAUGGUGCUGGCGACUGGACUGCACAAACAGGAUGCACAGAACGAGCAGAAUGGAGAGACGAGCAGUACGGAUGGAAACUCCAAGGAUUCAGACUUCUUCCAGCCGUCUGUGAAAAAGGUGAAGUUAAAAGAAUCUAUAGAAUAUGCAGACCUGGUGCAAGAGAAUGGAAGGAAAGCUGUUUCACUGAACCUCAAGAAGUCUGAUAGGUAUUCCCACGGUCCCACCCCUGUACAAUGCCAGCAGUAUGCAACCAGCCAGGACAUUAUUAACUCUGUCAACUGUAUUAGGCACGAAACGGCCAACUACACGCCAAGACUCACUCAGGUCCUCUCCAGCAGCACAGCGAGCACGGCCAUUGCAGCCCUGUCUCCGGGAGGAGUGCUCAUGCAAGGAGGAACACAACAAGCCAUAAACCAGAUGGUGCCGAACGACGCCCAGUGUGAGCUGAAGCACCUGUACGUGGCAGCGGGGGAGCUGCUUAGACACUUCUGGUCCUGCUUCCCUGUCAACACCCCUUUCCUGGAGGAGAAGGUGGUGAAAAUGAGGAGCAACCUGGAGCGGUUUCAGGUUACCAAGUUGUGUCCAUUCCAGGAAAAAAUGCAACGGCAAUACUUAAGUACAAAUCUAACGGGCCACUUGGAGGAAAUGCUGCAGACAGCAUACAACAAAUUCCACACGUGGCAGACGAGACGCAUGCUGAGGAAAACAUGAAGGGGUGCCAGCCGGGGGUGAGGAGGAGGAGGAGGAGGAGCUGCCGCCCUGGCAGCUAAAAGAGGCAGGUUGAGGAGAAUCCUGAGGGAAUGGAUUUGAGAAAUGGAAUCUUGCUAGGGUUCCCUUGGAAAUAAGAAGAAGUUUUCUCCUGAGGUUUGAACAACGAAGUGGAAUUGAACUAAAUAAAUAAAUAAAAAGUGGGGGUGAGGUGAGGGGGAUCUUUUAUGAAGCUCUUCGAGGAGUUCUGAAGACGUCAAACAACAAGAUGACCAAACGGAGAACCUGGAAUCGCAGAGCAGUGUUUUUACCGCAGGGACUCAGGAACUGCACAGAGUUUGCAUCGUUAGAGUGCUGCUAUAAUAAUAAUAAUCAUCAUUUUUAUUAUCGUUAUUGUUAUAAUGACUUAAAACAAUGUGUACAAUAAAAUGUGCUUGGGUCACUACAGGGUUUCACAUAGGCUUAAUGUUGAUUCAGAACAUGCUGCAUUUGCUGACAGUGUUAGGAUUCAUGGGCUAGUUUUUAUUAAGAGCAUAUUAAAAGUAUAAAAAAACUCAGCUUGUUUGAGUUUGAAGGCUCAGGAAAGACAUUAGACUAUUUUUGGUUUCACUGCCUAACGCACUUUCUCUAUGGGUGUACAGAGAUAUAUCAGAGGUGGAAAUAAGACUCCUUUUGCAGAGCAGUUCCACCCAUUCCAGGUUUUACUACAAGCUUGAUUAACCCCAGUGUACAGGUAACAAGGUCAGGUGUGUCUGAUUAAACCUAGUAAAACCAGGAAUGGAUUACACUGCUGUGCAAUGGGUAAAGAUUUAUGACUGCAUGCACAGCAGAUCAAAAAGGUGACGGGCGGGGGGAGGACUGUUAACUGUAAUGCGCGCUUGUUUGCUAAGAAACUUAAAUGAUACCUUUCUGCAUAAUAUCUGUCACGGUACACUAAGGAAAUAUUCUCAAUCAAGGAUACAGUCUAAGGUACCGGUGUUAGAAUCCGGGGGUGCAUGUAGACAUCUGUCUGCUGUCUGUGGCUCUUGGUCUGAAAUUCUCUGCGGUUGCACCACUAGACUGUCAUGGUGUGCCGGUUAUGUCGUUGUAGUACGACCCCCGACAACAGCUGAAAAUUGUGACCCAACAUUUUUUUUCAAUAUUUUUAUGUAUUUUCUCUGUGUGAAACUCAUUUGAGUCUGAAAACUAUGGAAUAAAAUUAAUUAAAAACCUA